AUUAGUCAAACAAGCCACUCGUGAAGUAUUCGUGGUAGGUUUUUAAUUAAUCGAACUAGUCAACAAACAGAUAUGAAUUCGAGCUCAUAUUUUGGUAAUUUUGGUAACAAUGUUACCCAAAUUGGAACGAUGAAUAAUACCCGCCCACAGCACGGAAUAUUUGAUCCAAGUAUAUUCAGUAAUGUGGAAAGAGGUAUAUUCUCUGCGAUAAUAGUCAUCCUAGGAAUUUUUGGAGUAGUUGCGAAUGUGGUUACAUUUAUUGUGAUUUUCACAUCUCCUAAACUAAGCAAGUCCCCGUUCAAUGUUCUCCUCAUGAGUUUAUGCGUCUCUGAUUUUCUGUCCGCUUGUAAUAGUGGAAUGCAACUAUAUCAUUACAUGUGGGGAUUGCAAGAAUUCACAAAUGAGUUUUUAUGCAAGGCAACUUCCGGUAUCCGCGUUUUGACAGAGUAUGUGACAAUACAGCAUAUUCUCGUAUUUAGCAUCGUUCGACUGUUUGUCAUCCAGUUCCCGUUGAAAGCCAGCUCUUUCAAAAAGAACCAUGCAAGGAUUAUUGCUGUAAUUAUUUGGAUCGAAGUCUUCUUUGCCGCUGCAAUAUUUCGCAUCAUAUUUCCAACAGUUUAUCCCGUCAGACCUGGUGAAAAAUAUUCAGGAUGUACAUCUGUUGGAGAACAUUGGCGCGGCACAGCAAUACUGUUCCAGAGCUUUGCUGUACCAAUUAUGCUCUUUCUUCCGAUGGGCGGCAUUGUCAUUUGUACAAUUUGUAUAAUCACGAAACUCAUAUCAGUACAAAAGCAACGAGCCACACUCGGCCAAGCAAUUUCACGUCAAGAUAAUAAACAAAGAGCUGCAUUGAUUCAAACCAUUCUUAUAGUAUUCUCCUUUCUGAUUGGAUACUCUGGAGGUGCAGCGUUCAGAUUUACUAUCACGACCAAAGCUUUAUUCAAGUUUACAGCGAGAACUAAAAGGAUGUUUGCUUUGACUGCAUACACUGUGUUACGAACGAGUGAAUGUCUCAACCCCGUUUUCUAUAACCUUUCAUCCAGUCAACUUCGUGAUGCUACAAAGGCACUUCUUGGAAAAAAUUCCAGCAAGGCUUCUCUUCCGAACGCUAGACACAAAACAACAAUAAGCUCAAAGAUUCAACCUCCUACCUAAAACUUGAGACAUCAAUGCGUCGAUUCAGUCUGAAUAUUCAAAAUGAACAUUAUUUAUUAUGUAUUAUAUAGGAUUCUAGGAAAGUUUCAUACAUAUGAAGUACUUUUAGAUUGACUCUUGUUCUGUACAUCUAUUUAUAAGUAAUGUUAAAGGUAAGCUGUUUUUGAGUGUUUCCACAGGCGAAAAAAUAGGCAUAUUGUGCACUGACCAACAGACGCUUUUUCACUAUUCUAUAACGCGUAAACUCACAAAAUUGUAGAUAUGACAGUUUUACAGAAAUGUGAAUAUAUUCAUGUAUAUAUAUAUUUUCUGGUUUUCAAAUACGCCUCAGACGUCGGUGUUCGUUUCUUUGACCAUUAUUCAUUUUGUAAAGUUAUAUUGUUAUCUUGCUGUUACUUAACAUUUUUGAAAUUUAGUUUUCCAAUUUCUGUUGUCGUGAUUAGUGUUUUGUUAGGAGAUUGGAAUGAUGAUUUGUUGGUAUGUCGAUAAAUGAACAAAAUAAAAGGAUCAAAGCACAAUGUCAUUGCACGUUUUGCUAUCAAUACAUCAACUGCUAUGGCAAGAAUGAGAAAAAGGUCAUGAAAAGAACAGGCCAACCAAUAUCCCCGUUGUCGACGUUCACGUGGAUUGUGUCUGGGAGAGUAUAUGUAAAUAAUCAUUGUAGUGUAGCAAAUGUGGAUUGUAACUAUGGAUUAUAAUGUUAUUUAACCCCUUCAUAUUAAUAGUAUCUUACAUCUUCUGAAAAUAGUCCACUUUGUGAUUCGCGACAGCGAUAAGCCUUCGUCUAUAUAGCCUUCUUUGUAAGCGACCAAUUUGAUGACGUAUCGUUUCCGGCCACGCCGAGAGUACUGAAAUAUAUUGUGCUUGUGAUUUAUUUUGUUUUUGACUUUGUUAAGAUUUAAGUGUUUUCAAUAUAUCUGUAUUCGUAUUGGAUUGUGUAACUUUCAAUAUAACAAUUGGCAUGCAA